AUGAUCAUAAUCUCAAAAGUAAUCAAGGUCUUCCAAAGAUUCUACUGGAUGAGAUAACUCUCUAGAUUCUCAGUAAAGCAGGAUACCACCUAUCUCUAGGAGUCCUCUAAUUAUUAUGAAAUGAGACAAUCUUCAUUAAUGCCAACAAUUGUUUCAACUGGUUCAAAAGUAUAAGAUGAUUUGAUUGAGUCUACUAUGCCUAUCAAGAACAUGGGCAAGAGUUUGGUAAACCUCCCGUUGACUAUUAAGGAAUUCUAGGAUUUGCUCAACUAGAAUAAAACUGAAACAUCAGCUAGAGAUUUAAGUUUUUCUAAAGAGCGGAAAUAUGAUGAGUAAUUGGAUUAGCAAUUUAAAAUGGUAGAAAAGUUCAAGCAGGGCUAAAACUAAAAGUUCUUAAGAAUAAAGUCUAGAAAUAGUAUUGAUCCUACAAGUAGGACUUCUAUUCGAAAUCCAAACGAAGAUAGAAAGAAAAUAGAGCCAUCAUCAGAUUUAUUGCUUGAUCCUAAAAAUAUAGAUGUGAAACCAAAUUAACUUGUAACAGUUAAUGACGCAUUGCUAAAAAAGUAUGGAAAAGGCACACUAUUCAAAACCAACUAAGGAGAUAAAUCCAAACAAUUAAAUAGCUAUGGCAUGGAGAACUUGGUACAGGGCUCUUCACAUGAAAAUCUGGGCUAACCCUCAGCAAGAUAGGACGCUAUAAUGCUCAUCAAUUGGUUUCAGCAUAGCCUUAAUUUGAUAAACAGAGAUGUAAAUGAAUAGAAAGUACUCUAGAAAUAAUCUCUUACUUAAGUUGUUUUCAACCUUUGCAUUGAAGAAAUCUGCAGAUAAGUUUCAGUUUAAUGUGUUGAAAGAGGAGAACUACUAAGGAAAAUAUUUGACUAAUAUACCCAGCUGAUCGAGAACAUGAGUAAAAAUUUUAAAGCAAAAAGAGUUGAAAUCAAGAAGAAGCUUUCUGAUAAGGUUCAAGAAUACAUUAAGAUUCAAGAUGAGUUGAUUGAGAAGAAUAAUCACUAGAUGCAGGAGUUGAAAAGAAAUAUAGAGAUGAUGAGUUUAGACUUAUAAGAAUCACAGACUUUACUGAGUUAGAGAGGGACACUUAUUCAAAAACUUAAGAAAAAAUGCUUCAAUGUAUAAAAAGAAGCUGAGACAGCCGCAAGGAAAUUCAAACUUAUUGAAAAGGAAAAUUAUGAAUUAGUCCAGAAGUGCUAUGAAUAAGCUGAAAAGCUUGGUGAAGUGUUUGUGUCACCUAUAGAUGAGGACGAAAGAAAGAGAUUGAUACUAAUUAUUGAUUAAGAAAUGCAAUUAGAAUGGGAAGCCAGGGACCAAGAGUAAAAGAAAGAAGCUACUGACCUUAACAAGAGUCUACAGUCAGUAGAAAAUGAAUUUAACCAGAUGAUAGCGAUUAAUGAUAUAAUUCAAGAGGAGGAAAAGUAAACUGAUAUGGAUGAUUUCAUUUAGUACCUCAAGAGUAUUAACAUUGACAAGUUUAUAGAAAUUGAAUGCCAAACUGAGGUCAUUAGACAUAGAUCUGUGGCAAUCAAUGCUAAACCUCAUAAAAUAGGGAUAAUGAGAGAUAAGGAAACCUUUACUGAUCCAAGACUGCUAGAGCAGUCUAAGUUUGACUCUAAUAGUACUACUCCAAAUAAAAAUGCUAAGAUUCCCAUGCUUCAAAGAUUGACUACGAGACUGCCUUAAUUGAUUGAAGACCUUGACGAGAGCAUGACUGAUUCGAGCUUUUCAAAUCAGCAGAAUACAAAUGAAGAUGAGGAAGAUCAGGAUCAAGAACUGAAAAUUAAUGAUGAUGAAGCAAUUAUGAAUGAUAUAAAAAGAUAGAAAAUACUGGAAAUAAGAAGAAGAAAUACAGUUAUCGGUGCUCAUGAUCUAAUCAAUAGUCUUGAGAUAGAACUCAAUGAAAUGGACUCCUAGGAGAAUCUUGAUAUCUAUAACGAUUCAUUGGGAGAGAGUCAAGGCUAGAAUCGUAAAUCACCCUAGAAAAUUUAAUCUUCAAUGAAUUUCGGAGGGAUUGUAAAUCUUAGGAGUUUUUAAAUCGGAAAGCAACAAAAGAAUAAUACAAUAAUGGAUGUGUAUGUUAAGAAGGCAAGAGACAGAAUAAAAAAUCUACUUUAAUCAGAGAGUAUGACUAAACUGCUUAGUGACGAGGAACACAAAGACUUCAUGAAAAAGCUAGUUGAAGAGCUAAAAUAUACAUCUAAGGAGGUACAGCAUAUGGGUGAUGAGAUGAGUAAGAGGGAAAAACAAUUGAAGUUCUUAGACAAGCUAAAUAGAAGAAUGGAAAAGGAACUAACUUCAGUUCACGAGAAGAUAGAUAACUUAGAAAUGGAUAAUUAUAUGCUGAGGGAAUAGGUCAGUGAACUAGCUAAGCAGCUAGAGGAGUAUAAGAAUAUCAUAGAUGAAAUUCUUUAGUAACUUGAAAGCCAGGAGAUGAACAAAGUGCUUUAAGCAGACCUAAAGAUGAAAUUACUUGGUCUGAGUGAUAGAAUAGCUCAAAGUUAUAUGAAAGCAAUGCAUUUACUAUCUGAUGAUGAUGCUGCCUAUAUGAUGAACUCCAAAAAUUAAAGUAGAGAAAAUAUACUAGAUGAUGAUGAGGACAAGAUCUAAGAGCUCAUAGAUGGAAGAGCCACUGCAGUUUAAGAUGGAUAGAACCUUGACUUGGACUUUGAAUCUGAUAAGAGCGCUAAUGAAGGUGGAAAGAGUUCAAAUAAGAAGGACAAAAGCGGAAGAAGGAAAACGUUUAAAUUCUAGCUCUUUAAUUUGGGUCGCAAAAGAAUGUCAAGAGUUCGCAAGUAAGGCUCUCAUCCAGCUCAGGUCAUGCUUAAAAAGCUUAUAAAUAAAGAUCCCAAAAAUCUCAAAGAUUAAAUGCCUAGAAAAAUGCUGUUGCGACUGAUUUACCAGAUGUACUCAGAAAGAGGAUUUUUAGAUCAUUUAAUGAGUUAUCAAAUGUCACAGAUACAACCGAAAUAGGGUCAACAGUAGUUUACUGGUCCCUAGGUACAACUUUACUAGCCUUCUUUAUUGGAAUGGGUUUAUGAAAAUUUCUUGAAUAAGUAUGGACUUAAAAAUGUAGCUGAAAAGAAAUUUAAAUAGAUGAUAUCAUCUUGCGUUUGCUAAAAAGGAAAUCUUCCAAGAAUAAGAUUAUUUGGCAGAUUUAUUGAGGUACAUAAUGAACUUUAACCAACAGACUUUGCCAAGUAUCUGGAGAUGUUAGAUUUAUUCACGAACUUGAUUCUUAACUUUAAGAUUGAUGAUGACAUUGAGAUCAUUUUACUUCCAAAUAAAGCUUUAGAUUAUUUCAAAUCAAAGUUUGAAACCAAGUAUCCUUAAAAAAUUCUUACUCAAAAGCUGUAAAAGAUGAAAGUUCCAGUCUCAAACGAGGACAUGAAGAAGUAAAAACAUUUAAAAACUGUUAGAGAAGCAUUAGACUUUGAUGAAUUCGCAGAAUUUAUUUUAGACAAUCUUCAAUCACUCUAGGAUGAACGAGAGUAGAUUAUCAGAGAUGUAUUCCUAGCUGUUGAUAUUAAUAACGAUGGCUAUAUGUCUUACUUAGAAUUUAAGAUGAUGAUGAAGUCAUUUUAUGAGUACACAUCUAAGUAAAUUUGGGAUCUGUUUGAAGAGUACGGCAAAACAGGCCUAGAAAAAAUGAAUCCAUUUAUUAAAUACAUCAACAUUGAGUCUUUCGUUCAGAUGGGUCUAGAAAAAGACCUAUUUGACGCUAAAUCCUAAAAGAGAUACAUGAACUCUAAUGACACAAUGAGAGACUUUGAGAAUCUCAGUAAAACUAUCAGCUCAACAGCUUCCAUAUUUAAAGCAAGAUUGAAGAUGAUUGAUAUGGGAGAUGACUAUGAGCUAUUAUCACUGAUUGAUGAUUUCUAGUAAUGUAUCAAAGAUCCAUUCUCUCCUAAAGUAGCUUUGCUUUGCUAUAAAAUAGUUGAUAAUCACUUGAAGAAUCUGUAUAUAAAGAAAAUGGCUGAAAUCUAUAUGCCAAUUAGACUAUAGGACAUUGGCAUUAAGGUCAAACCAAACAUACUGCUUAAAGCAAUCUGA